AGUGGCACAGUCGCUGAUAGUACUUAAUAAAAUUAAAAAUUAUAUAAAUUGUUUAUUACUCAUCGUUGUUUAUUAAUUACGUAACGUUAUGCCAAAGGUUCCUUGUAGUUGAUCAAUUUUCGUUAGUUUGAAGCCAUGUCCAGAGCAACGUUUAUGAAUUUUAGGCGAUUAGCUAAUACAGAGGUGUGUUCAAAAAACAGGGAAUGGAAACUCAUCAGUUUUAUGAAUGGCAAAGACAUUUUCUAUUCAACUAGUUGUCUUAAAAAAAUAGCAAUAAGACCCAAAUGUGUGUGUUCCAUACAUAUACGGACAUUUAUAAAUAUAUUUAAUGCUGGAGGAAAUAAUCAAAAAUUGUAUAGAGUAAAACAAUUGAUUGGGUAUUCUCCUGAGCAAAUGUUUGAUGUGAUACAAGAUACAGAAAAUUACGAAAAUUUUUUACCAUUUUGUCGAAAAUCUAUAGACCAAGUUAAAGGAGAGAAUCAUCGUAAAACUUAUUUAGAAAUCGGUAUUCCACCUAUAAUAGAAAGUUAUGUAUCGCAUAUAACAUUUCAACGCCCUCAUAUGAUCAAAGCAGAAUGCCGUGAUGGGAUAUUGUUUAAUUUUUUAAUAACUCAAUGGAAUUGUGAUCCUGGUUUAAAAGAAAAUCCAAAUACUACUAUUAUUACUUUUUUUGUGUCUUAUGAAUUUAAAUCACAAUUACAUUCAGCGAUUGCCAAUAGGUUUUUUAAUGAAUUAGUUAAGCAAAUGGAACAGGCUUUUUUUACUGAAGCUGGUAAGAGAUAUGGUAAACCUUGUAUAAAAGCCCGAAAAUUUUAACUGAAAAUUAAAGAUGUUGUUUAACGAUUUCAAAAGAAGUAACUAAUAACUGUACUUUUAUGUGAAUAACUUUGUUAAAAAUUUAGUAUUGACUCCUGUUUAUAUUUAUUUUCGAGAGGACUAUCCAGAAAAUAAAUUAUGUAUACAUAGGUAAUUGUUAUUAUUGUUAUUUAUUAAUUAGUAAAGAAAUAUAAAAAAAAUACUAAUAAUAAGAGUGGAAAUCAGUUGUGAUAUCAUUGAAAUAUUAACAUGUUGACGGACAGUAACUGCUAUAGUAGUCAUACUGAUUUAAGUCGUAAUAUGACCAUGACUAGUAUAUCAGUUUUAUAUUAAAAGUCGUAAAAUGGCAGUUGCGUUUCUUAUGGCUUCACCACAUUAGAAAUUUUCUUUUGUCCUAUUGUGACUUACUAACAAUUUGGGCAAAAAAAAAAAAAAAA